AUGGAUCAAUGGAAGCGGCGACGAGGACUGGGGGUGGGCGAACAGCUGGGAGUGGACAGAGGGGGAGGGGCAGGCAACUUCAAGAUGGUGGUCCACUUUAAAAGUUGCUGCUGCGGCUGCAGCCUCAAGACUGGCACAGUGAUCAUCGGAAUUUUCUCUGGGGAACGACCUCGAAUGAUCAAGCCAUGGAUUGUCUUUGCUAUUUUGUCAUUGACUGUUCAAUCUAUCCUGACCGUAGGGCACAUUAUCUUCUAUUUUAUCAAUGGCGCAGUCAUUGUAGGAGUUGUGAGUCUUGUGAUAUUGACUGCUGGAAUUGCUCUAGGAGUCUACUUUAUUCUAGUUGUCAACAGUUUCCACACAGAAUUACUUUCAAACAAUUUCCAAAAUAAAAUUUAAGAGGCCACCAAAAAGAAAUUUCUAUGGAUUUAAAAAUUCAUCUUUUCUUUAAUAUCGCAUCGAUUUCUCUGCUUUUUCAUAUUGUUGUUGAAUAAAUUUGUGGGGUGUAACUAUGAAAAUAAGACUUUCUGGCCUUAAGUUCAAUAAGCAGCAAGUUCAUUUUCAUAGAAAAAAUGGGACAACUCCAAUAAACUUUUAAUCUCUGAUGUAGAUCAGAAAAUACAAAUUUAUUACGCAUCAACAAUAAUAAAUGCUAUAGCAACAUUAAUGGUUUCACAUGUAAUUGGAAUAUUGUUGUAAACAAAUAGUAGACAUUUAGUUGUGACAAUAUUUCAAUAACUCAUAUUCAGUGUUUGUUUUGCCUGUUGUUUUUCUUUUCAAAACAUUGCAUUUAUAUUAAUAAGCUUACUUUUACUUUAAUUUUAUAUUCAGGAAUAUAGUAAAAUUUAAGUCAAGAAACUUAAAAUAUUUGGAAGAAAUUGAAUUUGAAUUAUUAUAGGCCUGUAAUUUGUUAAACAAUAUGGUUAAACAAUACUUUGGAGACAAACUUCCACCUUUUCCAUUUAUUAAUAUUGAAGAACAUAGAAAUUAUAUUUAUAUACAAAUUACCUUUGAAGUAUUUUUUUACUAAAUUGUAGAAUCUAGUUUUCUACCUUUUUUAUAUCUAAAAAUUGAUAUUUAUGAUGACACUAAAACUAUAGAUUAUAUUUUCCUUCUCUAAAAGCAAGACUGAAGAAUUCGUUUGAAUUGGAAACUUAGUAGGAACAUUUAAAUUUCAAAUUUAAGAUAUUUCUUAAGGAAGUCUUGUCUACAAUCAGGACAUGAGAGAGUGAAAAGGAGUGGGGUAGCAAACCCAAUUCAAAAGUUAAAAUUAAAGCUGAGAGAGCGAAAUAAAUCAAAUGAUGUAACCCGUAAAGUGUGAAAAUUGUUAAAAUCAGAUAAUUAUGACAAGAUGUGUUGUGAAUUGCUUCAUAUGGUUCCUUUGUUUGCCUUUUCCUGUGAAAAGAAGAUUUGCAUCAGCCAUGAAGACUGUCAGUGCCUCUGCACUUGCGUAUUUGUGGAUGGACUAGAAUUAAUUUCAGAUUAUUUUGAGAAGUAGUAGAUGGUCGCUCUGCAUAGUAGAGCCUAUUCAUUAUUUGAUUGUGAAUAGUUCACAAUUAUUGUUAAAGAAUUGAGCUUUAUUAUUUGUGCAUAUGCUGUUUAUAAUGUAUGUCGCUUUUAUAUGCAUCAGGUUUUAGCUAUUGCCCUAAAAGCAAAUAUUUUUACCUUUUUCCUGUUCUGAAAUGAAUGUUCUUACUAACACAUGUACAAUUAAAUAUAAAGUAAAUAA